AUGGAUGGUGAUGCUGAUGUGGACCCAGGCAGGGACGACCUGCCCCUCAGAGCCAACACCAACCAUAUCCUGGUCAGACACUAUGUCCUGGACCUGGACAUACACCUUCACACAAAGGUUAUCACUGGUACUGUGGUGCUCUUCCUGGAGCCAGGCCGUGGGGCUGGAGAUGGGGAUGGGGAUGGGGAUGGGGAUGGGGAAGGUGCCCCAACCCCACCCCAACCAUCCCAGACUGAUGACUCCUGGGAGGAUGAGAGCCACGGAGACUUUACCUUAGUUCUGGACUGCUGUGACCUCACCGUGUCAAAAGUAGAGGAGCUGGACGUGACCUCUGUGUCGGACAUGCAGGGUCUCCUAAAGGAGGUCAAGGGUGAGGGGUCAGGGGUUGAACCACAACCAGACAGCCAAUCAGCUGUGCUCAUUCAGAGGCUGAUCUCCCUCCCCUCCACCCAAUGGAAAAAGCAGCACCACCUGUACUUCCAGUGCAGUCAUGCCCCUGCUUCUGAGGGUGGGGGACCCCUCAUCUUCCACACUGACCGCUGGAGCCUCCAGGUGAGGAUGAGGGGGGUUCGGACCCCCCAGGAGUUCCCCCGAGCCCUGAGGGUCUGCUACGAGACCAAGCCAGAGGGAGGCUCUGUCAGGUGGACUAAAGAUCAGGACAACAGGUGGGACAUCAAGAUAUGAAAUAUUAUCUUCUAUGUGCUUAAUACUCAGACUGUUAACAAUUUGUCUCCUUCUGUCUGCUCUCAGGCUGAAACAAAUUGUACAGUAGAUAAACCAAGUCUGCAUGUCCCAUGGACAGUAAGAUGAAGGAAGUUGUUUACCCUGUUUACUCCUCUAGGUCAUGUGUUUACACAGCCGGCUCCCCCAUCAACAACCGGGCCCUCUUCCCCUGUCAGGAGCCUCCUGUUGCAAUGUCGACAUGGCAGGCCCGGGUACGAGCCCCCAGGGAGUGUGUGGUUCUAUUGAGUGGAGAGAAGCAGGCCCAGCCCACUCACCUGCACCACACAGGUAAUACACUCCUGAUCAGUGUACAGCGGAUAAGUGCAAACUGUUACAGUUCUCCAGUCCACUCAUCCACUCUUUGCCUUCUCUCUCUCUCUCUCUCUCUCUCUCUCUCUCUCUCUCUCUCUCUCUCUCUCUCUCUCUCUCUCUCUCUCUCUCUCUCUGUCUCUGUCUCUCUGCCUUCUCUCUCUCUGUCUCUGCCUUCUGUCUCUCUCUCGGUCUCUCUCUCUCUCUUUCUCUCUCUCUCUGUCUCUCUCUCUCCCUCUCUCUGUCUAGGUCUCUCUAGUUGGGACUACUAUGUCACUAUGCCUAUGCCUGCCUCCACCUUUACCUUGGCAGUGGGUUGCUGGCGCCAGGCCACGGCACAACUUUCCACAGCACAGCUUACCCCUCCUGUGCAGGGUACAAGGGCUGGGGCCUCCCAUACGCAUGCUGGCAGGUAUGAUUUAUUUCCCGUAAGACCCCUCCUCUCCCCCUCGUCUUCCCCUCUUCGUGGUUUCCCUGCAACCCAGGCGGUAGACCCAGGUCUUCCCCAGCAGAGCUUUCCCCUGCCCUAAAGAGUUCACCACAGGCUGAGGCUGGUGUUUGGGGGCUCCACCACCAUGCAAGCUGGCAGCUCUGUCAUUCUUCCCGUAAUACCACCCUUUCUACCUCCUCCUCUCAUGGUUUCCCUCCAACCCAGCCAUACCCAGUCGUUAACCCCAGGGCUUCUCCUGUUACAAGGAGGGCCAUUAUUCUCAGUGAACGGCUAGAGAGGAAACUUGGAUCAGAUUUGGGUUUUGGUCUUUGAACACAUGCAGUUCUAAUACUAAGAUGGAGUUACUGUAACUGAAUGGAAGUUGAAUUAAAUUUAAUGUUUGGGUUUUCUCUGGCUUUCCCGUGUGAUGCAAUGUUCCAUCUUUCCAUCUCUCUCGUUUCUAAGCCUGUAGUGAAAAUAGCGAAAAUACAAGCCUAAAUCUUUUUUUCCUUCACCCCAUAACGCAGCUUGGACCUGAAUCCAUUCACUAACAUGGACCAUCCAGUCAUCACCAGCCCACAGUCUACAUUAGUUUACUCAGGCCUAAAGGAUGAGAAGCACUCUGAGAGCGACUGCUCAGGCCUGGGUGAUGACAACUUAACCUGUUGCCAUGUUGAUUACCCCUGUCCAUUCACCGACCCAUCUGCCUGGAGCCAAGGAGUGAUCCCUCACCGGGUGUUUUCCCCGCCCUCUCUACUGCAGAAGGCCCAGGUCCAGAUCCUCCCCCUUCUGCCUGGCUGUCUGGCUGCAGCCCACGCUACCCUGGGGGUCCAUCCCUUCCCCCGCCUCGACGUACUCAUCGUCCCAGCCGGCUUCUCUAGUCUGGGCAUGGCC